CGAUCACUCCCAAGCUCUUGGCUUCCGCGCUCACCAUGAAUACCCAGCAUCCGCUGCAGGAGCAGAUGAUGUCCUCCUCGGACGGGCAGCAACAGCAGCAGCAGAUCGACUGGAACGCGGCGCUGGGCGGCGCGGGGGGAAUGGGCAUGGGCAUGGGCAUGCAGCAGCUCCCGAAUGAGCUGAUAGGGAGUAUGGGAGGUGCGGUGAUGUCCCCUCAGCAGGGAAAUAUGGACGGCAGCCAGCAGUUCAACCCGCAGAUCCUGCUCGAGCAGCAGUUCAAGCUCACGCAGCUUCAACAGCUGCAGCAGCUGCAGAACCAGAUCUUCCAGCAGCAGCUGGCGAUCAUAAGUGGACAAAAUAACCAGGCGCUGCAGGAUGCGCCGCAGGACGCGGGAACGCCGUCCGGGAGACAGACGCAGUACCAUGGGCUUCCGACACCAGGGCCGUCCAGCGAGCUGCGUCCUCAACAAGCCCCCGUCGAGUUUAUCUCCCCCAUUGUCCUCAGCGGCUACACGGACGGCCCCCCUACACCCUCGAGCACCGGCGGUGGAGGCUUCCAGGACAUGGUCCCACCCCUCCCCCUCAAUAUGGGCCACUACGAGCAUCAUCACGGGUCCCACCACGACCACGCCCUCGCGCGCGGCUCUAUGUCCGCCCCCGCGAACGUUGCUUUCCACCAGACGAACGAUCUCGACUUCGAUGUCUCCCCUCUGACGUCGCCGUGGCUUGGGCCGGGUCAUCAUGGCGGACAGCAUAAUCAGCAUCAGCUCAAUAACGGCAAUCGUAGCCAUAUGCAAGGUCAAGGGAGGGCAAGCUUGAAGCGUCCGCCUUCGCCUGGGAAUGACGACGCGAACGGCGGUGGGCCUGCGCGCAAGAAGGCGCCCUCGACGCGUCCUGCUCCGGCGCGUAGAUCUAGUGCUCAGCCGCGCGGCUCGCGCUCUACAAACUCGACGCCGCUGCUCCAUGCUGUUGCAGAGGACAGCCCCUCGCCUGUCGACCUGUCUAUGCCCCCGCCUGCGCCGCCGCCACCUUCGAACGGUUCGAAUGGCAUUCCAGAGCACCUCAUGCCUAUCACGCCGUCGAUCAUGAUGAAUAUGUCGCGCUUCGGGCUGACCGCGGCGGAUUCCAUGCCCGUCUCCGGGAGCGCUACACCGACGCAGCAGGAAGCGGCCCCUGUCGUGGACCAGGCGAAGACGAACGGAUCGUCGAAGCGGAGAGGGUCGACAGCGGGUGCAAAGCAAAGUGUUGACGUACCUGCGAAGGCGACGAGAUCGAGGUCGUCAACGAGGAAAGCUGCCUCAGGCAGCAUGUCUCCCUCCGCCCUCGUCAGCCCGGGCUUAAAAGCCAUCCUACCUGCCGGUACCUCUCAGCCCACCGCACAAUUCCCCAAAAAGUCGCACAAAGCUGCCGAGCAAAAACGGCGCGAUUCGAUGAAGACGACGAUCGAUGACCUGCGCGGGCUGCUCCCGCCCAUCCCCCUCCCCUCCGCCCUCGGCGAGCAGGGCGGCGAGCCCGGCGUGCUUCCCGGCGCCCUCCCGCCGCGCGGACCACCCAAGGCAGGCGGGGAGGGCCCGAACAAGGGCGUGAGCAAGCUGCAGCUGCUGAUUUGCAGCAAUGAGUACAUCAGGCGGUUGAAGGGGCGGGUGGCGAGGCGGGACGAGGAGAUCGAGAGGCUGAGGGCGGAGGUGAGGCGGUUGAGGAUGGGGGGUCCGUCGAGUGGGAGUGGUGCGUUUGGGGAGGAAGGCGAACUGGAUCUAGAGAGGGAUCUGGACGUUGGGGAAGAGGCGAUGACCUAUGGGUAUGCGCAACGGUCGUUGAUGGACGAGGACGGGGAGGAAGAUGGGGACAUGUGAAGAGGAGGGUGUAAGGUAUGGUAGAUAUUGGGAUGCGAUGGGGAAACUACUCGUGAAGUGACAUAGCGUAGAGCGCAGUCUGACGGUAAUUUAUGGCUAUGGUUAUUGCACGAUGUGCUUCUUGGGUUUCAACAGUUGGGGAAUGGGACAAAGCCUGCGUGAA